ACCAGCAUUUAUACUACCUUAACCACACAUAUUCAUUGCAUUUUUAUCAUACUCGUAACUUUUCUGGGAACUCAUUUAGCAUACGUUAACGUCUUUUGUGCAUGUCAGUUGGAGUCCUCGGGUGGUUGUCGGGGGUCUGCAGAUGAAGGCUCGUAGUCUUCUUCACCGUGUCUGCCAGCUGACCAUUACUUCUGCGCAAACUCAGUCCUGUGGUCACGUACAUCUUGUCCUUCAAGGCUGGCCUCCUCUGGUUUUGUUGUUAAUUUGCAGCUUCUUUAUCUUUAUGUUUCUUUGCACCUGCCACUACAAGGCCAAACCGUCUCCAGUAAGAUUAUUUAUGAGUGCUUUACCCUACAGUUAUUCCAGCUACUCCUCUAAAGAUCAGUAUUUGUUCUGCAGCACAACCGUUAAAUGGUUAAAACGCCUUAAAAAUUCUGUUCCACAAAUAGCUAUGUUCUAAUAAUCUUAGUUUGCAGGUACCAUUAGCAGCCAAAGGCCACACGGAGGGAGGGUGAGGCUUUUUCCAAUCCCAGUCACCCAGCGCCACCAGUUAUCAAGCCCUCAGUUUGGAAAACCCCUGCCGCCGCCUCAAGCCGCGGGAGGAAGGGCAAGCGGGGGGUCCCCCCCCCCCCCCAGAAGGCUGUCCCCGGGUUUGGGGGGGCCCCGCACCCGGGCCGAUGUGGGAGGAGGGUCCCCCCACACCCCGGUUCCUGUGGCGGGAGGCCCCGCUCCUUCCCCCGCCCCCCGCUCCGCGGAGCGGCCGGCAGGCGCCCGGCGGUGUUUUGUCGCCUGCGCCCCGCCGUAGCCCCGUCCGUUGCCAUGGCGACGGGCCCAGCGGCCUGAGCCCGCCGGAGGCGCCGGGAGCUGCCGCAGCGGCCUCAGCGGGGGGGGCCCCGCUACCCGCCCGGGCAUGAGGCCGGUAACGGGGCCUCUUCCAACCGCCUCUGCGGGGAGAAGCCUGCUUGUUGAUACGACUGGGCUGAUGGGCAUAAAUUACAUUCUUUUGUAUUCUUACCCACUACUUCUCUACCAGCUGACCUCAAAAGACAUUUCCAGCCCUUUUCCUGGGACUGAUGCAGGACCAUCGGUGUAUCAAGAUCUGAAUUGUUCCGCUUGCUCUUUUAGCACGUUGGCUUGCUGUCUUCCAGCCCUCCGGCAUUUUUCUGGUACUGGAACCAUUAUCAAAAAUAUUGCAAAUGAAUAUCUGCAAUAAACCUCCUAAUAAGACAGCUCCAGAGAAUUUGGGUGAAGCUGUUCCUGAGGUGCAGGUCCAACGUGCUCGAAGGAAUGGCUGGAGCUGGCCUCUGCACCUUUUCCAGAUUAUUGCCUGGUUGCUGUACCUCUUCUUUGCGCUGGUUGGCUUUGGAAUCCUGGUUCCUCUCCUGCCCCGCCACUGGCUGCCCGCUGGCUAUAUCUGUCCAGGAGUGUGUUUUAUCUACCAUUUAGUUGUUCAUCUUACUGCAGUCUCCAUUGAUCCUGCGGAUGCAAAUGUGCGAGAAAAAAACUAUCUAGGGCCUCUGGCCACCUUCAAUCGUAGUCAACAUGCGCAUGUCAUUGAAAACCAUCAUUGCCAUGUCUGUGAUGUAGAUGUGAGUGCCAAGUCAAAGCACUGUGGAACUUGCAACAAGUGUGUAUGUGGCUUUGAUCACCACUGCAAAUGGCUCAACAACUGUGUGGGAGAGAGGAAUUACUGGCUCUUUUUGAAUAGCGUGCUGUCUGCCAUUCUGGGCCUUGGGCUUCUGCUGCUCAUCGCUUGCUACGUCUUUGUGGAGUUCUUCGUUGACCCCGUGAUGCUUCGCUCCGACCAGCACUUUGAUGCUCUGAAGAACCACACGGACCGCUGGUUUGUGUUUCUUCCUGCAGCUCCUGUUGAGACUCAGGCAUCUGCCAUUUUGGCCACAGCUGGGAUUUUUAUUCUUCUAAGCCUAAUGACUGUGAUCCUGUUAGGCCACCUCCUGACCUUUCACAUCUAUCUCAUGUGGAACAAACUGACUACGUAUGAGUACAUCCUGCAGCAGCGACCCCAGCAAGAGGCGAAAGAGGUAGACAAGCAGCUGGAGUCAUGUCCCUCCCAAGUGAGACCCAGUCAGGAAGCAGACGUUUUUUCAGGUAACCCUGGCUAUACAGACCCCGGUAUUCAAGUAGAGGAAUUCUCAACGGUAACUUCAGGAAAAGGCUUUUCAAAGCUGUACGUCCGCGGUGACGAAGCUGACCCUGAGCCGAGUUCCUCUCCUGAUCUCCCCUCUCUUCAUUUUGCGGUCCCUUCUCAGCAACAGAAAAAAAGAAGAAAGAAGGCGCAUAAAGCUGCUUCCCCAGCAAUGGACAGCAGAUCUAAAACACACGCUAGACCUUGGCCCUCGUUCCCAGACCCCCAGUCAGAGUUCCCAGCCACGGCUGCUGCCUCAACUUCCCACAACCUUCAUCUCUCAGUGCCAGCUUUUCCCCCGAGAGCUGCUGUGCCCCCCAGCAGCAUCGGCCUCAUCCAGGCGGCGGGACCCCCAGCUGACUAUCACUCAGAGUCCACCGAGUCUAUGGAUGAGAUUCCUGUGGCUCAGACUCGCCUCGGGAGCACGGCCCUUCGUGGGUCUCCUGAGAAUAACUCAAGCAACUCUCAACACUACCCCUUGUCCACAGACAAUCCCAGAGGCGACAGGAAAAAGAAUCUGUAUUCUGGGCACAAGGUAAAAAGGAAAAGCUGCCAGCAAGACAGACGUGUAGAACGAGACCUGGAACUUUUUUCUAAGAUUCCUGCUGUGUUUGUAAGUGAGAGCAGUGGAGAACCUCAUGUCUCUCAGCCCCAGCGCAGUGUGAGCACAUCCGAGCCACACCACAGAAAAUGCACCAGCAAGCAGCGUGUGGGCAGACACGAUUCCAUGCUUUAAGGACAUAAGGACAAACACCACAGUGGCCUAGUGAUCAGCUUUCCAAAGCCAUAGCCUUUGGGGACAGGACAAGAGGUUCUCUUUCUAUUUGUAUGUUGCUGUUCGAAGAUCUUGACUCCAGUGGCUUGUCUUUUUCCCCGGAGGCAGCAGCAGCGUCCCUCUACCCGAUGCCAUCCAUCUUUCCAGCAGAACUAGCUGAGAGGCAGUAAAAGCCCUGCUGCAUCGUUGCUUCUGGCUGCUGCCUCUUCCUAAGCCAGGAGUGCUCCUGAGCUCGCUCCCACUCUCCUCGUCAAGGGGGAACAGUCUCCCCUGACAGGGAUGUGCCCAGGGCUGCCGCUGGUUGAGGACUGCAGCAUCUGUUCUCCGUAGAGUGCUGAGGGACUCAUCCCUGCACCGCGGGCUCGCCGUCAGACUGCAGUGAGACAUUUCGUGCUGCCCAGCCAGAGGUGAACGGCAGCAAGGUGGCGAACCCGAGGUGAGCGCGUUGCUACAGAGAACUCGAGUGCUUUCCGUAGGAAAAGGCCGGGCCCUCCUGGCCCUCUGCACGCCAGUGCUGCGGUAACAUCCUGGGGGAGUGCGUGGGGAAGAACAAGGCUGCAUCUCAGCUGUUCCCUGCACCCCGAAAGCUAAAUUUCCCAUCUGCCUACACCGUGUCAGCCUUUGGAUCAUGCCCAGGGGCUUCAGCAGGUGGUCGGGGCGUAACCUCAGGCUCGCCCUGUCCCUGUGCCACUUUCCACCAUGCGUCCUCAAGCCAAGUCCACCACCAGCACGUACUCUGUAAGGCAGCACAGUGUGACCUGCUCCUUUUUCCCAGCUGCCCGGGGUGCCCCACAGUGCAGCUUUCUCCUCGGGAGCUCUGCGAUACAGCAGGUCCUGAAACCUUUCCAUCGCUUGGGUUGCCAGACCCACAUUAGUCCACAGCCAAGCCUGGAGUCUCUGAAUACAGAAAAAUCCUGCAGCAGACACCGGGGCACGUAGCCACUGCCUCGAAUCACAGAACCCUGUGCUGGUGCUGAGAAGCAGAGAGCUGUCUGGGCUGCCGUGCUACUGCGCCUCGCCUUGCCCUGCCCUCUUGGCUUCCCCAGGCAGCGUGCCCUGUUCCAAAUUCCUGGCUGAGCGCUGAGGCCGGGGCUGCCAGCAAACUCAGAUCUGCCUAGCAGCCAGCUAACCUCGGAGCCUGGGAUAGCAGCUACGCACACAUCCUGCUGGGCCUUGCCACGGGCACGGACGUGCCUGACACGAGUUGUCACUUGACAGCUGGCUUGGCCGGUUGCACCAUUUCAGGACAGGCCCCUGAUGCUGCACGCUGCUGGUGUGCACCAGCAGAGAAGAGGAAGCCCGGGAGGUCUUUAUCACCCUACCAAAUACUUUGAUGCAUGGAAACCACAACUGACCCUUUCUCCAGACUACAGGGGGUGCAGGUUCGGGAUGGACAGGACAAAGCAGGGUGCUGUUGCCUGCCUUCCCAGCACUCAGGCUGGCUUCUGCACCGCUCUGAGGUCCACACAAAGUCCGUUCCCCCUGGAGCUUUAGCUCCAGAUGGAUUUCCUUCUGGAGAGCUCACUUCAGCAGAGAGAGACAGGAAGGUGCCCGCCAUAUGUUGAAAGACUCAAUCCAUUCCAGGAGCACCCCUGAAUGCUGUCAGCUGGCCCAGCUCCCUCAGGAACCAGCCCAGCACUAUCACCUGGCCAGCACCCUGCUGUCUGGGGCUCGUGCAGCGGACACGUCAAGCGGUGCUUGCCUUCAAGAAGUGCUGUGGCUGCUCCUGGAAACACAUGAUCCUUGCAGAGAUGAAGCUGGAGCAGGGGAUCCCUCCCUUUGCUGAAGGGUUUAUGGGGUAAGUGUGGCUCAGAGCCAGGACCGUCCAGGCUGAGCACUCUCUGGGACAAUCCUGGGGAAAUUCUGGCAGGGCAGCGUAGGUAGAAUCACUGACCCCCCGCUUCUUUAAAGGGCUGUCUUACCAUCCUUCUCUGUUGUCUGAUUUUUGACUCCUGAAAGAGCUGGAAUGAGGAGCCUUGACUCUUCACCGAAUUACACGAGCCAUCGAUCAGCAAAAGUGAAGUCUCCUGUUGAAGUCAUUACGUCUCAAUAUGCAGGAAGGGCUGGCCUGUGGUCACGCUCCUUGCGGCUCUCCCCGCUGCUGUGGCCAGUGGUACCAGUGUGGGCCCAUCCCUUGCGGGCCAGCAGGCAUGGCACUGCUUGCCUGCAGAGACCAGGGCGUCUGCUCACUGGUGGAUCCCGGUUAGACAAAGUCCUUCCAGUUGUUUCUCCUCAUGUCUGCUGUCAUCCAAGGAAACUGCACCCCGCAGUCAUGCUGGGCCCAGGGUUUUCGGAGGCCAGCUGUGCCUCCACGCAGCAGGCAUCAGUAAACUCUCUCCAGCCCCUGAGCACACCUCGUGUGUUUUCUUACCCUUUGUCCGCGCCGAACCGAUCGCAAAGUCACGUAUGGAGCUCUUUCGUAGCUCCGUCCACAAUAAAGUUUUCUAUACCCUUUG